CCGAGCUGCUAAGAAUUGAACAGGGUUACUAUAGUGUCGUAUUCAAAUGUUAGCGCCAAAACUGCAACCCUGUUCUCCAUCAUUACUGCAUAGAAUCCUCUCCACUCUGGCAGUCCUCGCGGACAAAUGCACCACCAUGGACCAGCUGAAGCAGCUUCACGCCCAGAUGAUUGUUUCCGCCGUCGUCACCGCUGAUGCCUAUGCUGUCAGCCGCUUGCUCUUCUCCUGCGCCCUCUCCCCCUUCGCCGACCUUUCCCACGCUUCCAGAAUCUUCCAGUCCACACCCCACCCCAACUCCUUUAUGUGGAAUACCCUCAUCCGCGCCCAGCCCCAGGCGCUCCACGCGCUCUCUCUCUACCUCGCCAUGCGCCGCAACCGCGUCCUUCCCGGUAAACACACCUUCCCCUUCCUCCUCAAAGCAUGCUCCCAAUUGCGCAACCUCCCAGCCUGCAAACAGCUCCACGUUCACGUCAUGAAGUUCGGGUUGGCUUCUGAUUUGCACGUGGCUAACGCUUUGGUCCGGUGUUAUUCGGUUUCGGGCAAUUGGAUCGAUGCUCGUUUAUUGUUUGAUGAAAUGACCGAAAGAAGUCCGAGUCUUUGGACCACUAUGAUUUGUGGGUACGCUCAAAAUUUCCGCUCCAACGAGGCUUUGCAGCUUUUUAGUGAGAUGGUUGGGGCGGGCUUUGAGCCCGGUGGUGCCAUCCUAGCUUCGGUACUGUCUGCGUGUGCCCGGUCGGGUUAUCUUGAGUUUGGAGAAAGGAUUCAUGGCUUUGUGAGGGUGAAAGGGGUUGGACUAGGAGAGGGGGUGAUUCUUGGGACGGCGUUGGUUUACAUGUAUGCCAAGAAUGGGGAGAUUGCAAAGGCUAGGAGGUUGUUUGAUGAAAUGCCAGAGAGGAAUGUUGUUACAUGGAAUGCUAUGAUCUGUGGGUUGGGUGCUCAUGGACAUGCGGAAGAUGCUCUUGGUUUGUUUGAGAAGAUGAAGAGGGAACAGAUUGUUUGUCCUAAUGGUGUCACCUUUGUUGGAGUUUUGUCGGCUUGUUGUCAUGCUGGCUUGAUUGAUGUUGGUCGUGAGAUUUUUCGUUCGAUGAAGUUGGUGUAUGGAAUUGAUCCGAAGAUUGAACAUUAUGGAUGCUUGGUUGAUCUUCUAGGAAGAGGGGGAAGGUUGCUGGAGGCAGAGGAGCUGGUGAAGGGAAUGCCGUGGAAGGCUGAUGUGGUUAUUUUGGGAGCUUUAUUGGCAGCUAGCAAGAGUAGUGGGAAUACUGAGGUUGCUGUAAGAGUGGUGAAUGAAAUUCUUGCUCUGGAACCACAAAAUCAUGGUGUUCAUGUUGCUUUGUCUAAUAUAUAUGCAGAGGCUGGACAAUGGCAGGAAGUUUUGAGACUGAGGAAGACAAUGAAAGAAGAGAAACUCAAGAAAGAGCCAGGGUGGAGUCUGAUUGUGGAAAGAAAUUGAUUCUUUCAUUUUUAGCAAAAGGUGAGGAAGGGAAAUAUAGAGGUACGCACUUCACGAUCAACUGAUGCAGUCAUUUUGAAAAUAGCUAUGAUGCUAACUGAAGAAGACUUGAAAUACGGGUGGACUUGACUCCAUCAACUGAUGCAUGGUGCUAAAUGAAGAAAUGUUGCUACACUUCUGCUGGAUCACAAAGCUGGAAUUUUAGAAUACCACAAUGAUAUAUAUCACAUCCUAGAAUACUGCGAUAGGUUCAGAGGAUAUGAUUUUGUUGAGAACUUCAUGAGCAAGAAGAAUACAAAAAGAUUUUCCAGUGUGCUUGGUGUUGAAGCCUUAUAUUAUACCACCAGAGAAACUAAUACAGGAUUUUACUUCUAUCCAAUCCCUGGUAUUGGUGACUAAAGGACCGAAGGGAAGAAUUCUUCGAAGCUUUCUUUACUACGGUAAAGUGUGUCUUUAGCACGUAUAUACAGGUGUUCAAACAUUGUUCAUUUGCCAGGACUUGUUGAAUUGAAGCAUAGAAGAGCUACAUUCAACAGUAGAGUAGAUGAAAAGGAGAUGGAAGUUGGCUUGCUAUCUCUUGAUUUAGAGAAAAAGGCAAAAGAGCUUGUGAUUGUUUACAUACACACCUUCCCAUUGUUGUAAAACAAAUUGUGAUGUGAUACCUUCAUGUUCAUGGUUCCAGUUUAUUAUUGAAGACCAUUAAUCUAAGAUUAUGGUCAUGAUGGUAACAAUAAUAACUAUAAUAGAAUUUUAAACCCUUG